AUGCUCAAGAAUUCACUCUUCAGUUCCUUGAUGGUUGGACUCGUUUGCAUGAGUCUUACAGUCUUAUCUGCCACCGUUGAAAAACCAUCCUCGGCAAAGUAUCAGGUAGAAUGCACUCAGCGCUGGUCAACUUUAGACGACUACAAGGAUCAAUACGCCGUUUCUUGCGACAAUCACAACUCAAACACCUGCGACGACAGGACUUGUCACAUGGGUGGUCCAUCGGGUACCGUUGAUGCCAAUCCUAUCGGCAUGCAGCUCUUCCUUGAUCAAUGUGCGAAGAGUGAUGACCAAGGCAAGAAAUUAUCCGAUCGAAAUUACCGAAUUUUUUCAAGAGCUUACCAAAUCAACCACUCAACGAAGAGUAUCCUAGCUUUUGGCUUUGCGCAAAAUGAUAAAACCUCGAAAGACAGGUUUUUCAAUUGUACCUUGGACCAAGCCGCUGGUAUUAAUACCCGUAGAGUUUGGUGCGAUUCUUGCUCCCUCACAUACGCCUCUUAA